AUGAACCAUUUGGUCAUUGCCCCUCUGGGAAAAAGAGAGAGAAGCAGCCAACCGAGGAGGAAGCAGCAAAGCGAGGAGCUGCUGAAACAGACGGAAGCCGAGAGGCAGAAGAUCGUCUGGGAGUGGAAGGAGCUGCAAGGGUUUCUAGAGGAGCAGGAGCAACGGCUGCUGUCCCGACUGGAAGAGCUAGAGAGAGCCAUUGUCCAGAGAAGGGAUGAGGGCGUCUGCCACCUGUCCUGGGAGAUUUCCCUGCUCAGCGAGAGGGGAGGAGAGAAGGGGCAGCAGCCGCUGAGCCAACCCCUGCAGGGUGCUUGGAGCACUGGGGGCAGCAGGGAGGACGGGACGUUUCAGAAGCCAGAGCCGUCGUUUGCAGAGCUGGAAAAGAGACUCAGCGAUUUCUCUCUGAAAAGUGCCAUGCUGCAGGAGGUGCUGCUGGGAUUCAAAGAGAUGCUGCGACGCGGGCUGGGGAGCGACACAGCCAUCCCGAUGAUAAUUAAUUUCUGGGAAACAUCCUCAGCAGAAUUAUUCGAAGAUGUUGCACCCGAGAGUAAAGGCACAGAGGCAGUGGGUUGUGGGAAAGAGGGCGGCAGAGUAACGCCCACCUUUGGCUCCAGAUUGUCCCAGCCUCCCAUGGGACAGGGAAGGGAACUGGCUGUAGUGGAGCCAGUCCAGGUAGGGAUUAUUGCGGGGUUGGUAGUGGGUUCCUGCUGGAGGGGGAGGGGCAGGAAAUACUGA